UACUUAGUGUUGGAGUCGUGCUGUAUAUCAAACAAGAAGGUGGAACUGGGGAGAAUUGACCAACGAAGAACACCAAAUUUGGAAGAAAAUGUACCAACAAGCUCAAGUUGAAACUUUAGACGUGUGUGUAAACUAACGAUGCGUAUAUGUUUUCUGUUGGUGGUAGUGCUAGGGCAUGUGUGGGGUGUGGGAGCUGUGACGGAGUACAAGGUUGGGGUGAUGCUCAUCUCGGGGAGCGACGUCCCAUACAGCUUCGAGAGGACCGGUCCUGCCAUCAGACUGGCGUUUCAGAAGGUGAACAGGGAGAUUCUCAACUCCAGUUACCAACUGGUCCCGGUGGAGAGGCCUUACGAUGACAUCUGUAGUGCUCGCAACGCCACAGGAGUGGCUGCUGAUCUGUUCUACAGAGAAAAUAUCAUUGCUCUGGUUGGUCCGGCUUGUGCAUAUGCUUUGGACGGCGUUGCGCGAUUGGCUGGCUUCUGGAACAUCCCCAUAGUAACAGGGUUGGGAGAUGGAGGGAUGUUCAAGAACAAGACGGACUACCCAACACUUACCCGCUUUGCCUACUGCCAGUGUCGCCUGAGGAAGGUGUUCGGGAGUGUAUUCAAGCAGUUCAGUUGGUCGGACAUCGUCGUGAUCUACGACGUCAACGACGCCCACUCCGACAUCCUCGGACAGACGCUGAAGAAUGGACUACAGAAGGGGAACAUCUACCCCUACAUGAUACCAUACUAUGGACAACAAAAUCCUAACUUUGAGAAGAUCCUCAAGACAGCAGCGGAUAAUGCACGCGUUGUGGUGUUGAUUGUGCCUGGUGAUUCACUACGAGAGUUUCUGCUCACUGCGCAUAGUCUGGGCUACACGACCAAUGGUGAGUUCGUAUUCAUGGACGUCGAGCUAUUUCCGUUUCCGGGAAACUACUGGGGCAACCACCAUUGGCGGAGAGACGACUCACGUGACCCGGAAGCUGAGGAAGCAUUUCAGUCCCUUCUCCGGAUCUCCUUGAAAGAGCCAACGAGCGAAGCAUGGAAGAACUUCACCUGUGAUGUUAUUAGAAUCGCCAGUGACGACUUCAACUUCACUUACGGCGAGGAAAAGGUGAACUACUUUGUCGGGGCUUUCCACGACGGGGUGGUGAGGUAUGGGAUGGCACUGAAUGAAACGCUGGCUAAGGGGAGGGACGUCCGAGACGGCUACGUCAUCGCCCGCUCUAUGUGGAACGAAACUGUUCUAGGUGUUACAGGAGACGUCAUCAUUGACGACAACGGCGACCGUGACACCGAUUUCUCCAUCCUUGACCUCAACAUCAACGACGGCGAGUUCCAGGUUGUGGCCAAUUAUUGGGGCGACAGGCCUGGGUACACACCUGUAGAAUAUAUGACCAUCCACUGGCCUGGAACAAGUGGACUACCCCCGCAGAACACCCCACGGUGCGGCUUCAGGGGGGACGCCCCUGUCUGUAGUGACGGAGAUAGCGUGCCCAUCUACGUCGUCGUGGUUUUGGUGUUGUUUGGCAUCAUCAUCGUCGUCCUCAUCAGCACCUUCUUGAUUUACAGACGGGUGAGACUGGAACGUGAUCUCAAGGACAUGUCAUGGCGCGUCUGCCUAAACGACGUCAAAUUCCGCAGCAAGGACAACGACAGUGUCCGUUUCAGCAAGACAUCAAUUGCAUGGUUGGGCGACAGCAACCCUAACAGUGAGGAUGUUGGAGAGCAGUGUUUCGCCAAGAUUGGAAUAUAUAAGGGGGAAACUGUCGCUUUGAAGAAAGUCGAAUGUGACAAGAUUGACCUCACCAGAAACGUGUUGAUGGAGUUCAAGCAGGUGCGAGACUUGCAGCACGAGAACUUGACGAGAUUUGUGGGAGCAGUCAUUGAGCCCGGCAAAAACUACCUCCUUACAGAGUAUUGUAACAAAGGAAGCCUGCAGGAUGUGCUACAGAAUGAUAAUAUCAAGCUGGACUGGACCUUCAGGCUCUCUCUGCUCAGAGACAUUGCAAGGGGCAUGGCGUACCUUCACAAAUCAGAUGUGCGUUGCCAUGGCUGCCUCAGGUCAUCCAACUGCGUGGUGGACGGCAAGUUCUCCCUCAAGGUCACGGACUUCGGUCUGCAUAGUCUCAGAAGUACCAAGGGAGGCGAGUACGACGGAAACACACACGCCAAAUUUGAGAAGUUGCUGUGGGUGGCGCCCGAGCACCUGCUGGAUGAGGGGGAGACCCCGAAGGGGGAUGUCUACAGCUUUGGCAUCAUCUUGGAGGAGAUGAUUGUCCGGUCGGCUCCCUACGACACUUAUCGAGGCAUUAUGGAUCCGCAAGAUAUAGUGGAACGCGUUGCGAGUCAUGACAACCCACCUUUCCGUCCCAAGGUGAACCAAGCAUUUGGCCCCAAGGGAGUUCAUGAACUCAUGCAUCAGUGCUGGACGGACAACCCAGAGGACAGGCCCAACUUCGACACCAUAGCCAAAACACUCCGAAAUCUCCAAGGGUCCAAGACUGACAACAUCGUUGAGGCGUUGAUCCACCGCCUCGAGGACUACGCCUCCAACCUCGAGGACAUCGUGGAGGAGAGGACGCAGCAGCUCAUCGCUGAGAAGAAGAAGUCGGAGGCACUCCUGUACCAGAUCCUUCCAAAGUCGGUUGCUGAGCAACUGAAGCAAGGGAAGGCUGUUGUCCCAGAGACGUAUGAGAGCGUCACCAUCUUCUUCAGUGAUGUUGUCGGCUUCACGUCCAUGUGUUCGGAGAGUACCCCGAUGGAGGUGGUGACCUUCCUUAGUGACCUUUACUCCUUGUUUGACAGCGCCAUUGACAACUACGACGUCUACAAGGUUGAAACAAUCGGAGAUGCCUAUAUGGUUGUGUCUGGGCUCCCGAUCCGAAACGGACAACGCCAUGCUGUGGAGAUCUGUAGAUUGGCACUGGCGCUGCUGUCGGGGGUGGAUACCUUCGUCUUCAAACAUAGACCACAGGACAAGCUGAACGUCCGGAUCGGGAUACACACAGGCCCAUGCGCUGCUGGUGUAGUGGGUCUGAAGAUGCCGCGAUACUGUCUGUUUGGAGACACCGUCAACACAACGUCCAGGAUGGAAUCCACGGGAGAAGCUCUGAAGAUUCACCUCAGUGGCACGACGAAGGCUAUACUGGACGAAGUCGGCCACUUUGAUACACCUCUCAGAGGCCAAGUUCCUAUGAAGGGAAAGGGAUUACAAACAACGUAUUGGUUACUUGGGGAGAAAGAGGUAACAAAAGAUGUGGAACAGGACCAGAAGGUUCAGCAGCAGCAGCACGACGAGCAGCACCAGCAGGAAAGUGUGGAGAUGGAGACUACACAGAGAGACGAGACAAUCAACAGUCCUCAAAGAAGCGUCAUACUGGACGGAUGGGCUGAGCCGAACGAGUCCGAUGACAGCGGCGUGACCGUUGGACCUGAUCUGGACAGAGAUCAAUGGAGUACGGCUGACCCUCAGACCUGGAACCACACAGACCUGUCACCAGCGAGAGGUAAAGUUGUUCGCAUCCAAGUGGAGCAGUACGGUUCGCUGAAUCCGGAGAAGAAGAUCGUGUUUCAGGGACCGCAUCUUGAAGAUGUGCUGGGACAACGAGGUAACGACCAGCGCCAUGGAUGAAGAUGGAGAUGACAUAUGGAUGACAUGCAGAUUGCACUGAUGGAGCGGCGAUGUUAUAUUAGCAGAAUGGAAAUUGCUGUGAGAUGUUUAUGAAGGGAAGUGCACAGGGAGGAAGUUUGUAGGAUACACUUGAUUUCCUCUGCGGUUUGAGGGUGUUAUUGAUUAAUAACCGAAUCAAUUGUAAUGACGUCAUGAUAGAGAGGAUCGAUGAUACAGCAAUCUGGUUAGCCAAAUUUUCAACAGAUAACUAAAGUUAUUUGCCAAAUACUGAUCCAGUGUAAUAUCUGAUUUAUGUGUUAUCCAUUUUCCCAAAGCGAAUGACACAUUAUUUUAAAAAUUGUGGAUUUAUAAAAAGGCGACUUCGCCAGAAAUCGUAAUAUCUAAUUUAUGUGUUAUUGCUUUUACCACAACGAAUAGCAAUUCUUAAAACUAUUGUGGAUUGACAAAAAAGGUUAUUUAUCCAGAAAAUUAUCCAUGUGCACGUUCAAGUCCGUAAGGUUUCUUGGAACCGGUGGCCAUUACGUUCUUGAACCAUUCCGUUUUACAAAUUUGCAUAGUGGAAACGUGUAAACCGUCAUAGUUUUGUUGAACAGCGGGUACACUUGUAUUGAAUCAUGCGAAUCCAAAUUUAGUCGAGUGGGUAUCACUUGAUGAUGCAGGUUGCUGGUGCUGGAUUCAACGAGACACCCAGUUGUGAUGGGCAGAGGGGAGUCAUGUAAUACCUCAAGAUAAUGUUUUCAGAUAUUCGGUUCUUACUGUUCUUGCGUGAACUUUAUCAUAUUUAUUAAACCGAAUUCAUAUUUAUUGAUUUAAAUUCAUAUUUAUUGAACUGAAUUCAUAUUUAUUGAACUGAAUUCAUAUUUAUUGAACUAAAUGAUGUCCGAGGGUAUAUCAUACUAAUCCCGUUACACUUUGAUCAUAUUGCACAGUGGCACGUAUGUUUAAAAUAUCAUAAGUUGAUUACAGUUAUAUCAUGCUACUCCCGUUACAUGUUGAUCAUAUUCCACAGUAGCACGUAUGUAAUAUAUACAUCAUAAAAUUGAAUACAGUUAUAACCACAAGCUGACUCACUGUUCGUAGUUAUAUCAUUUUUUAUUGCACUUGCACCGUUGUAUUCGCUUUAUAACGCCUUAUGUUUUGUUUUAUAACACGUUGUUUUUGAUUGUCACUGCGUUAGUUUAAUACAAUUUGUCAUCAGUAACAUCCAUUUAAUCACGCGUGUUGAUAUAUUUACAAUACAUUACUCUCGGGUAUAAGUAUUUCAUAACACGUUAUACAUGGUUAUACCUAGUUCAGAAAUUAAACAUUAUCUAAGCAUC